AUUUGUUCUCGGUGCAAUCCUGCGGCGCUUUUCCGAGGUUCUGCGCGUGUCCAGCUCCCCACCUCUGCUUCUACACGCGAAGAAAAGAAAGCAACUCCCGAUUGGAAGUUGUGGAAUUUUCUCAGCCCCCGCCGAGGCGCAGAGAUUCUGCCUCCCUGGCCCGCCUCCCGCCAGCUCGCCGGUCGUGCCAGGGACCGCAGCCCCUCGCCCGCAGCUGGGCCCGUCCGCCCCCUUUGCCCUCCCCUUUUCCCAGCGGAUUUGGCGAACCCGAUCAAGUCCAGGGAGCCUGUCCUCGCCGGGCCGUCUCUUGCGGAACUGGGGAGCGGAGAGCAAAGGGCGAGGAUCGUGGAAGGGAAAGGAGGCAGGGGUGGUGCAAACGUGUCCAGCUCCGGGGGUCGCAGGGUGAGUGAGACCCGCAUCCGCGGACCGUGGUGGGGACCCCCGAGGGGGCGCCGCGCUGGGUAGGUCCGACUGCGCGGGCUUCUAAGCCGGCAGGCAGCGGAGAGACCGUGGACGCUGUCCCUUGCUCCCUCGCCAGGGAAACUUCCCGUUCAGCCCUCUGACCUGCAGGACCACCGUCCCCGCAGCCUCCGCACCUGUUUCGUUUUCUCUGAGGGCGGGAUUUGCCCCCUCCCCGCGCCCCCACCGCGGAUCCUCCCGUCCUCACCCGCCCACCCGGUGGCUCGAGCGGCGCAGCGCCCCGGCGUGCUGGCCGGAGAGGUGGUGGCAGCGCGGGCCGCCAGCCGCCUAGGCGCUCCGGCUCCUCCCGGGGCUCGCGGGGCGCGGGCUGUCCCGGAUUGCUGAGCGCACAGAACUGGACUUGCCUUUGGGUACCUUCCAGUGCCCUCUCUGGGUCGGCUGGCUAAUAAGCAUCGGACUGACCAGCUGUGCACGUCUUGCUUCCACGUCCCAGCAGAAACGCCAGGGCCAGAUUCUUGUGCUAGUUGCAGGCCAAGUGGAACUGCACUGAAAAUGGGCCCAGUGGGUGCAGAGGCUGAUGAGAACCAGACAGUGGAAGAAGUGAAGGUGGAGCAAUAUGGACCAAGGCAAACCACUCCUAGAGGCGAACUGGUCCCUGACCCUGAGCCAGAGCUUAUAGAUAGCACCAAGCUGAUCGAGGUACAGGUUGUCCUCAUAUUGGCCUAUUGCUCCAUCAUCUUGCUUGGGGUAAUUGGCAACUCCUUGGUGAUCCAUGUAGUGAUUAAAUUCAAGAGCAUGCGCACGGUAACCAACUUUUUCAUUGCCAAUCUGGCCGUGGCGGAUCUUUUGGUGAACACCCUGUGCCUGCCAUUCACUCUUACCUACACCUUAAUGGGGGAGUGGAAAAUGGGUUCUGUCCUGUGCCACCUGGUGCCCUAUGCCCAGGGCCUGGCGGUACAGGUGUCCACAAUCACCUUGACAGUAAUCGCCCUGGACCGGCAUCGGUGCAUCGUCUACCACCUGGAGAGCAAGAUCUCCAAGCGAAUCAGCUUCCUGAUUAUUGGCUUGGCCUGGGGCAUCAGUGCCCUGCUGGCGAGUCCCCUGGCCAUCUUCCGGGAGUAUUCGCUCAUUGAGAUCAUUCCGGACUUUGAGAUUGUGGCCUGCACCGAGAAGUGGCCUGGUGAGGAGAAGAGCAUGUACGGCACUGUCUACAGCCUCUCCUCCUUGUUGAUUCUGUAUGUUUUGCCUCUGGGCAUCAUAUCUUUUUCCUACACUCGGAUCUGGAACAAACUGAAGAACCACGUCAGCCCUGGAGCUGCCAACGACCACUACCAUCAGCGAAGGCAGAAAACCACCAAAAUGCUGGUGUGCGUGGUGGUGGUGUUUGCGGUGAGCUGGCUGCCUCUCCAUGCCUUCCAGCUUGCGGUCGACAUUGACAGUCAGGUGCUAGACCUGAAGGAGUACAAACUCAUCUUCACGGUGUUCCACAUCAUCGCCAUGUGCUCCACCUUCGCCAACCCCCUUCUGUAUGGCUGGAUGAACAGCAACUACAGAAAGGCCUUCCUGUCGGCCUUCCGCUGUGAGCAGCGCUUGGACGCCAUUCACUCGGAGGUGUCGGUGACAUUCAAGGCUAAAAAGAACCUGGAGGUCAAAAAGAGCAAUGACCCCAAUGACUCUUUCACAGAGGCUACCAAUGUCUAGGGGAACUGGGGUGCGAAGGCACAUGGAUGAAUUCUGACCAGAGCUGUAAAUCUGGUUGAUGAAAGCUCACAAGUGCAUUUUGAUUUCCCAUUUUAAGGAAGAAAAAGCGCACCUGGGUGGAAACACCUACAGUUUAAUUCCUGGAGAACUGGCCGGAGGCGCCUACAUGAACACACUCAUAUUCAAGGAUAGGGCAACAGAGGGGUUUGCUUGCAGUUGCUUGGUUAAAUUAUGGGUAAAAGCAGAGAGAAAUACUUCUGGCUGUUUCCCAGAGCGAAGAAAACCUGAACAACGAAUGGACACGCGCAGCAUUUCUAAAAGGCGGCAGGUAAAUAAUUUGACUUUCAAGUCACUUUAGGACCUGGAUUGGGGAGGCCGUGUAAUUCACUGGUCCCCCCUCCUCUGGUGAAAAGGCUACUGAAUACAAAUGUCACUGGGGAGCCACAGGCUCUCCUUUAUUGUAUUUUGGUUUUAUUGUUCUUCCUAUGGACGAAAUCCAUCAGGGAACGCUGCAGGUAAAUGUUGCCAACUAUUCGAAUGACUUCAAAGAAAUAACCUGAAAUUUGCUAUAUAAUUAAUAUUUUGGCAAAUGAAGGAAGUCGUUAACACUCAGUGAGCCAAGUGUUCUUAAAACCAAAUGCAUGUUUGAUGAAAGUUUCUUCAACUCACAGGCUGAAAUUUUCAGAAUUGCAAGAAAUGCAAACCAUCAUUUAAUUUCAUAUUUCAAGUUACUCUUGCUGUAUGGAGAGACUAUUUAUAUAAUAAAGAAGCCUACAACUUAAUACUUUUAAUCGUUGCUAAUUGUUGUACCUUUUUGAACAUGUAUGGUUUCUGUUAUUCCUGUUGGAGCUAAAUUUGCACUAGAAGUUAAAUCAGAUUAGAAAAUAAUUUUUGUGGCAUUUUGUAACAUUUCAUGGCUAUUUAUAAGCAAUUUUUGCACAGGUCCAUAGUUCUAAUGUGUUUACAGGACACUACAGUGUUAUUUUCUUUGAAAUUAAUCUUCUAUGUACCCAUUAAUAAUAAAUAAAACAAAUAAUUUCAUUAAAAUGGACUAAUCUGGUAAGAAAUACUAAAGACAUCAGAUCCAUUCUACCUUGCAAAUGUUCUGUUUCAACCAAUUUCACAUAAGUUAUUUGUCUUCUUUUCAACAUAAUUAGCUGUAUUUUUGAUAACUUAUGAGAAUAUACAUAAUAAAAUUAUACCUAUAAAUAGUAGAACAUAGACGCUAAAUUAUUUUUCAUUUAAUUAUUUUAUGAAUAUAAUUUUUAUUUCAAUAAUACCCAACCAAAGAUGCUUAAAACUCUAUUAUAUUCAUGAAAAAUAAUUGAGAUGUUAAAAUAGUGGUAUUUCUUUGGAUGCUGUUAAAGAAAUUUCAUUGGAGUCAUAUUUUUGUAAAUAUGAUAGAAUUUGUGAAUAUAUUUUUAAAAUUUUAAAUAAAUUCAACAUGGGUAUUAUAUUUGGUUACAACAUUAAUAUUGUGAACUGAAGAGCUUCAUUUUACGGACAUAUUUAAAUUUCAUACUAUAUCUGUUAUUGACUUCCUUCUAUGCUAGAAAUAAAAGAUUGGUUUUUAAGCACACUGCAGUGUGCUUGGAAUACUGUGUGUUUGUAAUACUGAAAAAGAAUGAAAACAAUAGAAGGUUAGGUGGAAGACAGAUUAAGAAGUCAACAAAAAUUAAUGUAUAUCUGUAACAUAUAGUUGAAGAAUUCAUUUUUCUUCUGGUUUCAGCAUAACUGUCCAAAAAGAAGCUCUCUGUCUUGUAAAUAGCAGAUACUUUGCUUACGAUGUUAACAGAAAAUUGUGGUUAAAGGUGUUCCCCCAACUUGGAGAAUUCUUACACUGUAUAUGCUACUGUAUUAACUGUUGUACUAGAUUAUUAGAAUCCAAUUAAUGAUUCAGUUAACAUAUAUCUGAUCCAAUUCAUUAUGUCAGUUCAUUAAUAAAAUGUCUUUAAUGUAGUGAUUUUAUUGUUGAAAUAAACAAAAUUGGGGAAAUUAGAGAAAUUGUGUGAAAUUUUUACCAGAGUUCCUAUCUAAGA